AUGCUGCGUGCACGUGCUGAUCCUGCGUUGGAAAUCGAGGCAUCUAAGGAAAAAACAACACUGGAGCUGGAGUACAACAGUUCCAUGGGACAGCAGUCGACCAACGCUUCCACUGAUCAAGAACAAGAAGAUCGAGGCUUUUUCGCGAAAGCGUCCAGUCUUGUCAAGGUCGCAGAACGAUUGGUACCAACGUGGUUCGAGCAGCCACAAGGACUACCUCGGAUCGAUGAGUCAUUGAAAGAAGCCUUCGAGACCUUAGGGCUCAAGUCCAUGCCGAUCAGCCGAGAUGAAAUCAUCCGAACACACUUGGUGGUCGAGUUCUUCUCGAGUCGCAAAUUCGAGCGCUGGGCCAAACAUGCUGCUAGGACAAACAAGCAGGAUUGUUACGCUGCAAUGUUUGACGUUCUGCAGGCUACCUUCAACGAGAAAAAUGUGGCUACUCUCAUCAUACUGGCGAAGGGUUCAUUGAAGACACGCUCGAUUGGCAAGAAGCUGGAGAUGGCGCAAUUCGAGUGGUGGUUCUCGCAGGGAUACGAGCCCGAUUAUAUUCUGAUGAGAAUCCUUGACAUCCGAAAACCGCAUCUGCCUCGAUACCGUCGAAUAGAAAGUAUAUACAGACGCUACAAAGAAUUCUUUGACGUGAAAAGUAAUUUCCCGGCACCCGAAGAGUCUCUCGGCGGCGCCUACGAGGUCCUGAGGCUGAAGUCCCUGUUGGACCGCAAAUCUGGAUAUUCUGUGAAAAAGCUGGUCGUCGAGUACUUUAAGAGUCGAGAAUUCAAGCGCUGGACUGAGCAUGCCACCAUGUUGAACCCGCAGGAUCCGUACGCUGCGAUGUUUGACGUUCUCGAGAGCGUUCACAAGGAGAAACAGGCGGCUAUGAUCCUCGCACUGGCGAAUGAGUCACGGGAGACACGCUCAAUUGGCGCGAAGCUCGAAAAGGUGCAGUUCAAGCGGUGGUUCCUGGAGAAGAAGUAUCACCCAGAUGACAUUCCGAAGAAAGUCUUUGGGUUUGACCCUGAGGAGAUGGACGAACAUUUAUGGCUACGACAUGCUCAGGAACGAUACCGCAAGUUCUCAAUAAAGCAGAUGAUAAAACGGCAGACGAAUGCUCCCAUCAAGCUGUUCGUAGUCGUGCGACCAAGUAACAAACAGAAGGAAAAGCUCCGCUCGCCAUGA